UGGGCAGCACACCGCGGCACAGUCGGACAGGCGACAGCAGCAGCUUUGCUUGCAUUUGCCUUUUCCGAGACCGUCGGUUGCAGACCUCUGAAACAGUAGAGAAAAAACUACAAAAAAGUGUGAAAGUGCAAAAAACAACAAUUGUGCGGAAACCGAACUUGACGGCUAUCUUCACCAUCAUCGCGAAACAGUGUGUCAGUGCUGCAGCAGGUUUCGUGUUUGAGUGAUACAGUGCGCAAGUUCAACCGGACCGAGUGCCUCCUCGUUCGCUACUUCAGCCCAGCGUGGAUAUUACCUCUCGCAUCAGAACAUGACGAUGACCGCUCGACGCGUGGCCCUGUGGGCGUGUGUGGCGGUGAGCGUGGUGGCCGUGGUGGCGGCCUGCACGCAGGGCGGCAAGCGCCUCAUCAGCCGCGGGGUGAGCUGCCAGGACAAGCAGGUGAUCCUCGACACCCACAACCGGCUGCGGCAGAGCGUCGCCCUCGGCCGAGUGGCCGGCCAGCCCGGCGCCGCCAACAUGAUGGAGAUGACCUGGGACGAUGAGCUAGCGGCCGUGGCGCAGCGCUGGGCCGACUCCUGCCUCCCCGGCCACGACCACUCCCGCCAUGUCUCGCGCUUCUACGUGGGCCAGAACAUCGCCACCUCCUGGACCUACCCCCGUCCCAACGCCCUGGGCGCCACCCCCGAGUUCGCCAAGCAGAUCACCAACUGGUUCAACGAGGUGCGCGGCUACAGCUUCCGUUCCACCAGCUCUGCCACCGGCCACUACUCGCAGCUCAUCUGGGGCGACUCGCACCUGGUCGGCUGCGGCUACGCCUACUACCACGACCAGAGCCGCGGCUUCACCAAGGUGUACGUCUGCAACUACGGCCCCGGCGGCAACGUCGCGGGCUACGCCCCCUACCAGAUCGGCGCGCCCGCCUGCCCCCUGUACGGCACCAAGCCCUCCUCCAACUACCCCGGCCUCUGCUCGACCCACGGUUACUACGGCAGCAGCGGCGUGGCCUGCUACGGCUAAGUGGACGAGCCCCAACGCUGCGGUCCCGAUGAGGUCCCCGACCUUUGCCACCCUGCGCUUUUGUGGCCCAGCAGGCCAGCAGGCCAGCAGGCCAGCAGGCCUGCGGUGAGGCGCGGCUGCCCAGCCCCGCCGCAUCGCCCCAGCCGAUGGCGCGCUGCCCCCCGCCCGCCAACCCUCCAAUGCAGCGCUGGCCGCCGUACCCGAGGGACGGGCCGGGGCCCCCCACACACGUUGCCAAACGGUUCACUAGUCUAGUCAGAAUGGGACUUCAUGUACCAGCCGCCAAUCGAUAGUUUCUUGACGGCACCGCCACGCAGCGGCCGCUUUGUCGCUGGGUGCGUCCGAGAGCCCCAGAUGCCAGCCCGGCCGUAUCAUCAUAAUGUUGUCGAAUCCACACUUUCUAGCUAAAGUUGUGGUGAUUUCGCUCAGCAUUUGGCGCAACUAUGCAGUUGCGCCGGCCGCGGGGUCGGCGCACCGCCAUCAUUGACCGAUCGAUUUACUUUUGUUUACUUGUACUGAACUUUGUUGUAGUUUUUAAGACGUAUUUGGCGAUAGUUCGUAAGAAGUAGUCGCGCUCGCUUUUCGGGCGGCCGAAAUAUUCGUUGUUUUCCAAUUGUUUGCCAAAUAGAGCCUCACCGCCGCUAGCCGGUCGGUGGGAGUCCCAGUGGCGCCUCCGUGCGCUGAGGCAGGAUGUAGACUUAAGGAUUUCCAGCCUGUGAUAUCGGAUCGAUGCCCGUAAUGCCCGCUCAAGACUGUGCUCAGUGUGUACAUAAUCAUUGUUAUGAGCCCGGCUGAUUUUGUGAAAAAAAAAAAGAAGUCGAAUGAUAAAGUAUGUCGUUUAUGUCAUAACCAUAUUAAAACUUAUAUGAAAAUGAAACGAA